AUGGGGAGGGAGAUCAAAGUCCGCUGCCGUAAUCGCAACGACGUCACCUCCUAUGAGCGGGAUAAGAAGGGCAACUACAUGUUCAAGAACGGUGUCAAGAUGCCGCAUGGCUGUAAUCAUGGUACCGGGGCUGUCUGUGCGCACACCCUCCAUCCGAGCUAUGACAACGUCGACAUGUACACUAUAUGUCUGUGCGUCAGUUUCUUCACGCGAUUAGACUCGACUGAAGCCAGAGUGGCUACAAUUCUCAACUCCAGGACGAUGAAUUACUACGAUGGGCGCAACGCGAACAGUAUGAGAACGGCUAAGCAUUCUUGCACGAGAUGUGUCAUAAAUUGCACUCAAGAUGUCGUCCUUUAUAGCGAAAAAGAAGGCAAAGCAUAUGGUCCAGAUCGUGCAAAGUGGCUGACGGCUAGCGUACGGGGUGGUGCACUUAUAGCAACUGUUAACGUCGACUGUUAUGUCUACUACCUAGUCAGCAAGUUUAUGCAGGACAGAUUCGGCGAGGAAGUCAUAGGACCGGUGAAGUUCUAG